UUUUCUCGGUCCAAGUAUGUAUUCAUUAAAACAAAAAAAAGGGGCACGAGCAGUAAGGUAGAAACAAUGAGAGAUAGCGCGAUUCAAAAAAACAACAAGAGCCUUUACACUCGCCCCUCAUUUAUUCGAAUUACCGGUGCGUAUUUAUAUCCAUCCGUCGUGGUUCGAGUAAGACACGAAGUUGAAGUUCUUGAGAAGCCCGAAAUUCCUGUAGUUUUCGAAAGAAUUUGAAAGGUUAUCGAAGGUACCGAUGUUUCUUGUCGAUAAAGAGAAUCGAAGCACCCUUGUGUACGGCGCGCGUGGGAAUUUUCCGUGACGACGCCGAGUAAACGAGUUUUCUUUCGUGAGGCACGAACCGUCGUUAACUCAACGUAAGGACGAAAGAAAAUAAAGACCGAGGAGGAAAGAAAAAACAUCAUGAGAAAAGUCAAUUGAGGAUUCGUAGCUGUAAUAAUUUCUACUUUUCCCGAACAAGAAAAGAGGAAAAAAGAAAAACCAAGUGAUAAUCAAGGCGAACGGCGCCAUCACCUAGAUGUAGCCGUGGAGAACGCAAGGUUCGCCGAUUCGAUCCUCUCUUGUCUCGCGAAGACGACUAGGCUGAGGAGAAAGGGACGGCAUAAUGGUGUGAAGGUACGAAGAAGAGUCGAGAAGAGAGAAGUGGAAGAAGAAGAGGAAGAAAAAGGGGUGUCUAACAAGACGAUGACGUCUAGACAAAGCAAAGACCCUGUGCAGAAGUGCCAUUCGGACCCAGGUGCCGGAAGUACCCCUGGCACUUCUUAUAGCCCUACUAAGCGAAUUUCUCGCAAACAAGUGCCCGGCAUUUCGAGUUCCGCCAAUACGCGAAAGUGUGUCCUCACUUUGGAUGGCUACAGUUACGUGAUCGUUGCAUCUCCGCCGGAUAGAAGGGUCACGAGAGACGAUAUGGGGGUGGCCUCGCAUGAUACAGCUGCGAACACGGCUACCGGCUGUUCAAGUGGUACAACCCCACCUCGCCCGCACAAUCCUUCCUCCCCUGGUCGAAAUGGUCAGCUAUCGAAGCAAGGCACGCUGACGAUAGUACGACGCAGUUCGGGCAAAAGCAAAAGCCUCGGUGGUGGCAGUUUCGAGAGUUCCCCGCCAUCACAUAAUCCUGACAGGUUUUUGUCGAGUCAGUCUGUGGAUCUCGACGAGAUCCUCGAUAAUGUUGAUCUCACGACAGAUUCACUACCCGCCAUUGACACCCCCGACGCCUGCGACAAAGCUGCUCUCAGACUUCGAUGUCUGUUAAGGCAGCUUCAACAUGGCGAAAUAUCCGCCGAAUUGCUCCAACGAAAUUUACAUUAUGCGGCACGUGUACUUGAAGCAGUCUUCAUCGACGAGACAAAGGUGAGUUCAGGCGGGAAUGAGUGCUCUCGGUCAUCACGUAGGGGUGCGGGCCUGACUUCUACAUCCCUGGGGGGCAGCAUGGACCCGGAUGGACAACAGAGCCACGCGGUGGUAACCCAGAAAAGGAAGCUUCGCACCCCUGUGUGGGAAAGAGAUGCCGACCAUACGGAAUCAACUGCUACUUGCCGACAAGGUGUACGCCGUAGACGAUUGGCCGACGAAGAUGACGAAUUGUCCGAAGUACAACCGGACGCGGUACCACCCGAAGUUCGUGAAUGGUUGGCGUCAACCUUCACCAGACAACUUGCCACGACAAGGCGGAAGGCGGAUGAGAAACCCAAGUUUCGAUCUGUGGCUCACGCUAUUAGAGCUGGGAUUUUCGUUGAUCGGAUUUAUAGGAGAGUCACCAAUACCGCUCUCAUGCAAUUUCCACCAGAUGUGGUUAAAGUACUUAAGACGUUGGACGACUGGUCUUUCGACGUGUUUUCAUUGAACGAAGCUGCAGUCGGAGCUCCUGUCAAAUACAUAGGCUACGACCUACUGAAUCGGUACGGUAUGUUACACAAGUUUAAAGUACCACCUGCGGUUCUGGAAUGCUUCCUAGGAAGAAUUGAAGAAGGAUACUGCAGACAUCGAAAUCCAUAUCACAAUAAUCUUCAUGCCGCGGACGUCGCUCAAACCAUGCAUUAUAUUUUGUGCCAAACGGGGCUAAUGAAUUGGCUGACCGAUCUAGAAAUAUUCUCGUCACUCGUAGCGGCAAUUAUUCACGACUACGAGCACACUGGGACCACAAACAAUUUCCACGUAAUGUCCGGCAGUGAUACGGCACUUCUCUAUAACGACCGCGCUGUGUUAGAAAAUCACCAUAUAUCAGCGAGUUUCAGAAUAUUAAGGGAAGACGAAUGUAAUAUUCUUCAAAAUCUGUCGCGAGAAGAAUUCCGAGAAUUUCGUUCGCUCGUGAUCGACAUGGUCUUGGCAACCGAUAUGAGCUUUCAUUUUCAACAGCUGAAAAACAUGAAAAAUCUGCUAAGCUUGGCAGAACCGAGCGUCGAUAAGAGCAAAGCCGUCAGUCUCGUGCUCCAUUGCUGCGAUAUUUCUCAUCCCGCGAAAAGAUGGGAUCUUCACCAUAGGUGGACGAUGCAACUGUUGGAAGAGUUUUUUAGGCAAGGCGACAAGGAGAGAGCUCUUGGCUUGCCAUUUUCACCUUUGUGCGACCGUAAUAAUACUUUGGUAGCGGAAUCUCAAAUCGGCUUUAUAGAAUUCAUCGUCGAGCCGAGUAUGCAAGUGUGCAGCGAUAUGUUGGAGACGGUUCUUGGACCGUUGAACGUUAAAGAAAGCGUAGAUGAGUCGGCUAACGGUUCGACAGCAGAAAGUAACAGGUUUAAGAUAGGGAAACCAUGGAUACAGUGUCUCGCAGAGAACAAACAAAUUUGGAAGGAACAAGCGGUUCGAGAUGCAGAGGUUAGGGCACAAAAAGAAGCAGAACAAAAUUCCAAUACGGAAGAGGAAGGGCAGAAUGUUCAAACGACGGCAGAAGAAUGAAGUGCCAGGUCGACGAUCGAAACUUACUUCGAAUAUCUAUGCGAUUUUAGGCUACAAGAAAUUCGUCUUUACGCCAAACUCAUUUUAUCGUCUUAAACUUUCUUCCUCGUAUAUUUAUGAAUAGAAAUUAAUAAGGAAUUUACUGUGAAUGCGAACGUAGAUAUAAAAACAUCUAUGCUACUAACGAUGCGUUAGCUUUGGGACGAUUAUCCGCUAUGUAUACCUCGACGUCAUUUUCGUGCAACGACUAUCUCUCUAAAUGCUCCCAUAUUAUCCCAUACAUACGUAUUUUCAAUAUCGAUAUCUUUUCGUAAAGUAGAAAAAAAUCAAUUUUCUUAUUCCGUGAUAGAUCUUUGUUCGAGUAACGUGUGAUUUCUUUUUCUGCCGUUUUCUUUUUUUUCUUUGGUCCAAAAUUUUUCGUACUUUUACUUAGUAUCAUGUUAAAGUCAUAAUACGAUAUAGAGCGUAGCCUAAAACCAUAGAUGAAAAACAUAUUUUUUAUAAAAAAAGAGAGGGAAGAAUCGAUUAAGCGUUAUUUACUAUCAAUGAGCUUUACAAACUAUUCUUGCAUUAUGAACGCUAUUUCAAUUCGUACCUAUCUUUUUUUAUAUAACUAGUACGUAAAAAUACAUAAUGCAUUCUUAACAGACUUGUCACGGAUAAAGUCCCACUUUCAACGAAUUCUAUAACAGAACUGGCAAAUGCAAUUCAAACGCAUCGAUUAAUAACUUCAUUUCAAGCUGGUACAUAAAUUAGAAAGUAAACGGAUAGAGGAGAGACGGAUAUCGAGGAAAAAAAAAUUAAAUUAAAUCAAAAGAUUAAACUCAUCGAACUCGAGAUAUCUAUAUGAAUUCCUUGUCUCGACAGUAUAUAAACGUCUUUUUUUUUUCGUAGUAAGCACGAACGAUAUUCAUAUUAAUCGACAUUAUUCAGAAUCCUUGUAAAUAAGCCUGACAAGACGCACAUUAACUUAUUUUUAUACUUUCACAUUAUUCCGCGAAGAAAGUUACGAAAAGUCUAGUCGAAUGUACGUAUGAAACGUAUGGAGUAAUUGAACGAAAAGGUUCUGGAGAAAUGUUUGUAGAUUUGCUUUUUCGAUUAUCGCACAAGCCAUAUCAUCCCUUUCAAGGAAACUUUUUCGUUUGAAGAUGGAAAUAGACGCAUAAGAAUGAAAAUCCGUCCCUCGGAGGGUUCGAACGAGAAACGGAUUUAACGGAUUUUACGGAGAAUCUUGCGAGAGGAAGGUACUUGUAUUAUUUUUUUUUGUUCCUCUCUCUUUCUCUACCACCCUCCCUUCCUCCCUCUCUCUCUCUCUCUCUCUCUCUCUCUCUCUCUCUCU